AUGGAACACCCCGUGGUGAACACGGUAAACGUGGCCCAAACGGCCAACACGGAAAACUUGUCCAACGCGCCGAAUAGCAUCCCGUACACCUUCGAGCACUCCAGAAACUUAGGCAACAAAAUCCUCAAGCCAAUACGCCAGGAAAAAGUCGUCAGGGUGCCCGUGACCCAGUACGUGGAAAAAAUCAUCGAGAAGGAAGAAAUCAAAUUCGUCAACAAAUACGUAGAUGUCAUAAAGCCAAUAAUAACCUACAAGACCAAGCACAUUUCCAAGCCAAUCUAUUUAGACAAAAUUAAGUAUGAACCCAAACUGAUAGAGAAGGAAAAAAUUAUACACAUCCCAAAAAUAGAGUAUAGAAAUAAAAUUGUAGAAAUACCUGUGUACCUUCAUAAGGAAAAUAUCAUAGAGAAAAAAGUCCCCCUAAUAAUUGAGCGAGUUGUUCCUGUCCUGAGGGUCAAAAAAAUAGAGAAGGAGGUCUUCACAGAUGUGGUCGAAAUUCCUUCAAUCUGCCAAAUGGCCGAAAGGGAGAGAAACAUAAACAGUAGUACCAAACAUGAAUAUAAAGAGAGGGUGAUGAUCCCUCAAAUAGCAAGGAAAAACUCCGAUAGAGAUAACUUUUACGCAGUAGGAGAAGCGAACGAAAGCCAGGAUAUAUACAAUAAGGAAACGUACAGAAAUAUGGAGUCUCAAAAUGAUGCUUCUUCCCCCGCUCUAUAUUCUACAGUGCAAAUGUCCCCGUCCGCCCAAGUGGAAAAGUUUAAAGGACACCAUCGGGGAAGUCACUCUGUAGUUAGCGGCGAAUCGGAUGAAGAAGCCUGCGGGGGGAAACUGGAGCAUAAAAAUGAAACCAUGUAUAAUGAUGCCACGCGUGAGGAAGGUGAAGAAGGUGAGGAAGGUGAGGAAGGCGAAGAAGGUGAGGAAGGCGAAGAAGGUGAGGAGGGUGACAACUAUGUGGACGCCGCUGGAAACGCGGAAGGGACGCCUAACGAGGAAUAUUUAGCCAGCGGGCACGACCUACACAGAGGGCAGGACCUACACAGCUGUCAAGGCCUACGCAACGAGGAAUCAGUCUCCAGGGAACACGCCCAAGGUACAGUUCAAACCGGGCAUUACAGCGAAGGCGAUCUGUAUAAAAAGUCGAACAUAACGCAUGUCAGCAUACACCUGCCCACAACGAAGGAUGAGCUGCGUGAGGUUCUCCAGCGGAAUUCUUCCAACGCAAGGGAGGGCAGUUACGGCGUGUCUUUGAACCAGGCAACGGACGACAGGAGCGGCAGCAACCGGCUAGCUAGCAACCGGAUAGCUAGCAGUGGUGUGAGCAACCUGCGAAGCAGCAACGACGGGUACGCUUCGAAUAACCACCUCUUCACCUACGAUCACAGAAACGACAGAUACAACGAGUACGACAUGAACCAAAUGAUGAGCGAGCAGCUAAUCAGAGAGUCCUUUAACGACUCCAGACGAGACAUGUCCAAGACAGUGGAAGAAAACGUUGGCCAGGGGAGCUAUUACUCGGACGUGAAGGACCGCAUAGAAUCCCAGAAGCAUAACCUUUCCGUCCCAUCUAACAUCCACCUCUAUAAGGAAAAUUACUCUUCACCUCGGAACGUGUGCAGGAAUGAGUCUGCGAGAACACGGUCGAACUUUAUGCCCUCCUAUGCGAACAGCAACGGGCAGGCAAUUGUAUCCGUGCGCCCCGCCACCAUUUUGGAAUACGUCCCCAAGCAGAGGAAGGCCAAGUCGCGCUUCUGCAGCUUCAUAAACAGGGUUCAAAAUAAUGAUAAAAAGGAAAGCAACCACAGCGAUGCGGUGGCCGUAGCGAUGCCUAAUCAAACAUACAGUGGCCUCGCCCUAUGGGAGGCGAAACGUCUAAAUGGUGCCACUUAA